AUGUCACUAGCGGGCAAGGUUGCUAUCGUCACGGGAGGGGCUCGUGGGAUUGGCAAAGGCAUUGUUCUCACCUUGGCGAAACAAGGUGCCAGGGUUGCCUUUACCUAUGUUUCCGCAUCCUCUAAACCUCACGCGGAUGCUCUUGUGCGCAAAGCCCAAGAUCUCGGCUCCUCUGCCCAUGCGAUCCAAGCUGACGCUGCAUCUCCUUCCUCCCCAGAAGCCGUCCUCGCCUCUACCCUCGCCGCCUUCAAUGUCUCGAAGGUCGACAUCCUCGUCAACAAUGCCGGCCUUGGGUCCGCUGCAACCCUCCUCGAAGAGAUAACGCUCGAGGAGUAUGAUAGAAUACUGAACGUCAACGUUCGCGCAGUCAUCUUCAUGACGCAAGGCUUCCUCCGAUACGUCAAUGCCGGCGGACGCAUUGUGAAUAUCUCAUCUAUUUCUGCGAGAGGUGGCUAUGCCACACAGUCAGUAUACUCGGCAUCCAAGGCGGCUGUUGAGGCUUUGACCCGUGUUUGGGCAACAGAACUAGGACACAGAUACGGCGUCACAGUGAAUGCGGUUAAUCCCGGACCUGUGGAUACGGACAUGUAUAAAGCAGCUGGAGAAGUGCAUUUAGCUCGGAUGGAGGAGCAGAACAAAAAGACCCCAGCUGCUCCAAGGGCGGGAACGGAGAACGAUGUUGCGGAGAUUGUAGGCUUCCUGUGUGAGGAACGAUCGAGAUGGGUGUCUGGGGACGUUGUGUGCGCCAAUGGUGGAAUGCUGUACAUAUAA